GGGACGGCCGCUGCCAGCCGCCCCGCGCCGUCGCAACCGAGCCGCCUCGUCGCCCCGGUGCGUUUCUCAACGAAGAGGGUUUCGGCGCAGCCAUGCUGAGGACGGCGGUGCUGCUCUCGGUCCUGCUCAGCCUCGUUGGCUUUGGAGAAGGGCAGACGUUUCACAUGGGACCAUGUCCAGACCCACCAGUCCAGGAAGACUUCAACAUCGCCAAGUACGUUGGAAAAUGGUACGAGAUAGAGAAGCUGCCAUCAAGUUUCGAGAAAGGAAGCUGCAUCCAGGCAAAUUACGUGAUGGAAGAGAACGGGAAGAUCAAAGUGAUCAACAAGGAGCUGCAGUCUAACGGCAAAGUUAAAGAAAUCGAAGGAGAAAUCACAUAUGUGGACGUAAAGGAGCCAGCCAAGCUCGGCAUCAGCUUUAACUGGUUCACACCUUCCGCUCCUUACUGGGUCAUCUCCACUGACUAUGAGAACUACUCGCUGGUUUACUCCUGCACUAACAUUCUCUGGCUCUUCCAUGUCAACUACGCCUGGAUUCUUUCAAGAGCUCCCGAGAUGCACCCGGAAACUGUGGACAGCCUGAAGAACCUUCUCCAGUCCUACAAGAUUGACACCGAGAAAAUGAUGCCCACGAACCAACUUAACUGCCCUCCUGAGAUGUAACUCCGACAGCACCGCACCAGCUGCGAACUCUGCUGCUUUCCUUAGUGCCCGUUAGGACUUCUUUGCGUAGUCGUAGCCCCUCUGCUAACGGUAGUUUGCCAGCCCUGACCGUUGCUCCUCGCGGGUGUUCUCUCUGUUGUUAUUCCUCCUUUUUUGUCUCACUCUGACUGACUUUUGCAGAGUAACUGACUGGUUCAAAGCUAAAGGGUGAAGAGAUAAGGAAUCCUGAAGUGCAGUCGUCAAGUUUUGCUGUUGCUGUGGAUCCUCAAGUGUGUGGAUACAAAAGGGUAUGAGAUGUGAUGUACAAAUCUUAGUCCUGCGGGAAAACCUUUCUUCAUACUUCUGCAGGUGCAUUUCCUAUUUUUGUUGUGAUGUUUCUGGGCCUGUUAGGUACACGCAGCGGCUGAGCCACCCCACAGCCUCCCCAGCUGCAAUGGCUGGCCAUCGGGGGUCUGUCCUGCAACCAAGGAAUUGCCACUGGAGUUUUUAAACAUGCUUUCUGGUGCAGAGAUGUAGGGACAUGCUCCUGCCAAAUCAGCAAGCCUUCUUGCUAAAAUCCAGAUCUGGCCCUUCGCAUUUAAUGCCUGAAAUGCCUAAAAAUGUCCAGAAAUUCAUCAUUGCUCCCCCCCCCCCCAGUGCCUAUAUGCAUCUUUUUUUGCCUCUGGCAAGGCUGGUCCUGCACCACCAAAGGCUCAGCUCUGACAGUACCUGCAGACAGGCAGAAAAAGGAGGAGAAGGGUCUGUGCUCUUGUCCACACACAGGACGGGCAAGGAGCAAACGUGGCUCUCGUCCUGCCUGUGGAAUGUGUCGCGCGCCAGAGGCUUUCCCCGAACUCCUCCAGCUGGCAGGCUGUGUCCUGUGUGCCGCUCACCGCUUCGUUCGCAUCCGAGUGCCCUGACGGCACUGCAUCUGCCCUGGCAGAUGUUCGCAAGGCGCUGCUACGACUCUGCUUACAUAGCACUGAUGCAACUCAUUAAAAAUGAAAUCAAAAUA